AUGGAACUGAAGGAGGAAUGGAUUCAGGAAGACGAAACUUUCGAAAAUCCGCUGCUGCAGUGGAUGCUAACCGGGUUGAAGUUUUACGGUAUUGUGCUGAACAAAAGUCAACGGUGGAAAACGCUUAACCAAGUCCGAGGAGUUUGGUUCACGGCGUCCUUGUUGGCUUUUAACGUAACCCAGUAUGUGGACCUGUACCAGGUGUGGGGAAAUGUUGGUGCAAUGACGGCUAACGCAUCAACUACUUUGCUGUUCAGUACGACCAUAAUUCGAUUGUUUCAUUUUUACUGGAAUAGAACUAGAUUCAACGAUGCAAUCCGUCAAGCGGACGAGGGAACUCAGCAGAUUCUUCAGAAAGCAAACACUGACCAGCGGCUCAUAUUGGCGGACAAUGUCAAAUACAUAAAGCGGCUGACGGCCGUCUUCUGGAUCUGUGCCUUGGUGACGGCGAACUCCAUGUGCGUGUACUCGUUGAUACAGUACUUCGGCGCGCAGUCAAAGGAGCUGGCGAAAGUGACGAUUCUGCGUUCAUGGUAUCCCGCGGAAAAUGCUAUGGAACAUUUUGCUGCGAUUUACUGCAUUCAGCUGUACAUAAUGUACGUAGGUCAGCUGAUCGUACCCUGUUGGCACGUGUUCAUGGUCAGCCUGAUGGUCUACGUGCGGAUGGCGUUGAUGGUUUUGAACUACAAGCUGGAACAUUUGCGGGGAACUGGUGCGAAGCAAUGGAAGGACCUGGAUGAGAAGGGUCUGCUAUCACUGCAGGAUACCAUCGUGGAGUGCAUUCAGAUGCAGCACGGACUGUACGAGUAUACGCGGGAGUUGGAGAGUUUGCUCCGGGGUGCAGUGUUCAUGGAUUUUGUGGUGUUUUCGGUGCUGCUCUGCGCUUUGCUGUUUGAAGCUUCGGUGACUAGUUCCACCGUUCAGGUUUUCAUAGACAUUUGCUACAUAACGACGAUGACGGCUAUUCUUUUCCUGUACUACUGGCAUGCCAAUGAAAUUCAUCACCAGGCAAAUCUCCUUUCCGGGUCGGUUUUCAGAAGCGACUGGUACAACUAUCCACGCUCGGUAAGCCGCCACUUGCUAACCUUCAUCUGCUACAGCAACAAACCGCUUACAAUGAAAGCGUUUAUCGUUCCGAUGUCACUGGAUACUUUCAUAGCGAUAUUGCGAGCUUCUUAUAGCUACUUUACUAUUCUGAAACAAGCCACUAACUAAUUGUAUGACCGUUGCCGGUUGCCGACGGUGAAUUCCCGAUGGCGGUCAGGCUACUUAGACUACCGUUGAAAUUGGUUGGUUUUGGAUGGCAUCUACUUCUCCGGGAGAUUCAGGACGAGCAAACUAGUCAGCACCAACGGUACUAAUUCGUUCAAUUAAACAAUAGCACCUGUUUUUCGCACAAAGUGCCAACACUCCUCCGUGACUGUGGGGCACUUGUAAGCGGGUGGGUGCAAGUCACCAUGACACCCGGUCUCGCACAUCUCGGCGGCCGACGGAAGAACAACCAGCACGGGACGAGUCAACUCCUACUUUUCUACUGAACUGAAGCCAACAACCAGCCAGCCAGGAGUUUUACCGAGACCGGGAACUGUUCAUUAUUUAUUAUUUCUGAAUGAUGAAAAGGACCGAG